UUAGUACUGUGCAUCAGGAUCAGGAUGAAUGCGCCGCCAAGAUUUGAGACAUUUCUCUUGUUUGAGGGAGAAAAAAAGAUAAUCAUAGAAAAAGACACUAAAGUUCCAAAUGCAGCUCUCUUCACUGUGAUGAAAGAGGACCACACUUUAGGAAACAUGCUCACAACGCAACUCCUAAAAGACCCACAAGUCCUGUUUGCAGGCUACAAGAUUCCUCAUCCAUUGGAACACAAGUUUGUGCUCAGGAUCCAGACAACACCAGACUAUAGUCCGCAAGAAGCAUACACAAAUGCCAUCACAGAUCUCAUCAGUGAAGUCUCCUUGCUGGAGGAAAGGUUUAAGGAUGCAGUUAGAGAAAAGCAGGAAGGAGAAUAAUCUUAUCUCACUUAACUGGUAAAUUUCAUCAUCAUCAGUCAUCUGGACACC